GGCUAAUUCAAAUUAUUUUAAAUAAUGUAUGAUACUGUUAAUUUGAAAUGGAUUUUACUCCUCUGGUUGAGUGGCCGAGGACUCCCACACUCAUUGCAACAGGAUCUGCAUCGAUAUGGCCUUCAAUACUGCAGUGAGAAUGGACAUGGUUGGAGUGCCAAGCAUGACACCGAGACGACCUCACUUCACCGGCGUCUUCAUUCCUCAAAGUUUAUGCAUUAAUAUUAUGGAAAAAUCUAGGAGGAAAUUAACUACUAGGAGGAAGUUAGCAACAUGCUGCACACUUCUUCUUGAUAAAGGUUAUGGUGCUUUUGCUGUGAAAGGCACAGGCAGACCGGUUAUGGAGGACACCCAUAGUAUUGAAAUUGAUUCAAAAGGAUCAGGAGCAUCAUUCUUUGGUGUCUUUGAUGGUCAUGGUGGAACUGCUGUUGCUGAGAUGUUGAAGUCAAGCCUGUGGCCCAUUUACAGGAAGAAACUGUCAGAACCUGAUCUAGUGAAGGCAACAGCUGCUGCUUACCUAGAAGCCGACCAAUUAGCUCUGGCUCAACCAAAGGGACUCUUUGGAGCAUUGAGAGAGAGGGGACUGGGGGGAUCAAGAUGUGGAGCCACAGCAGCCACCAUUGUUUUGAAAACCUUGCAAGGUAGUCGAGAUAUCUUGGUUGCAGCAAAUGUUGGUGAUGCUCGUGUUGUUCUUUCACGAGGAGGUCAAGCAAUUCAAUUAACAGUGGAUCAUAAGCCUGAUGUGGAGGAUGAAAGGAAGCGCAUUGAAGCCAAGAACCCGUUUCCAAAAAAGCCACUUGUAAUGUUUUUAUGUCCACUUGACCUUUAUAUGAAUAUUUUUCAAGGAAAAAAGUUUCCAAUUCUGAAAAAGAAGUUCAUAAAUUUAUUAACUUGA